GCCCAGCCCGGCCCGGCAGGACGAGCUCCAUGCGGCAGGACCGGGCAUCGCUCACCCCCGGCACAGCCCAGCGCUAACGGCAAGGCCAGGCCCGCAGCACCCCUCUGCACUGACCAGCAGCUGCUAGCAGAGGCUUUGGCCCUGAGCACUGAAGAUGGGCACAUCCCUGGGUUUCAUCCAUAACCACUGUUUCAUCGUGCUGCUCCUCACCUCCUUGAGCCUUGCCCAGUACGAACACUGGCCCUACCUCCCCGGGUACCCUGAGCCGCCCCCCCAAGUGUACCAGCCCCCCCAGAGACCAGCCAACGUGCCCAAGAUCCAGCUCCGGCUCGCAGGGCAGAAGAGGAAGCACAACGAGGGCAGGGUGGAGGUGUUCUACAGCGGCGAAUGGGGCACCGUGUGCGACGAUGACUUCUCCAUCCACACCGCGCACGUGGUCUGCAGGGAGCUGGGCUAUGUGGAGGCGGUCUCUUGGCUCCCCAGCUCCAAGUAUGGAAAGGGAGAAGGGAAGAUUUGGAUGGACAACGUCCACUGUAACGGGAAGGAGCCCACCCUGGCUGCAUGCACUUCGAACGGCUGGGGAGUGACCGACUGCAAACACACCGAGGACGUGGGAGUGGUCUGCAGUGAAAAGAGAAUCCCUGGCUUCAAGUUUGACAACUCCUUGCUUAACCAAAUAGAGAACAUGAACAUCCAGGUGGAGGACAUCAGGAUCCGUCCCAUCCUCGCCACCUACCGCAAGCGGGUGCCCGUCACGGAGGGUUACGUGGAGGUGAAGGAUGAAGGGGCCUGGAAGCAGAUCUGUGACAAGCACUGGACCAUGAAGAAUUCCCGCGUGGUCUGUGGCAUGUUUGGGUUCCCGAGCGAGAGGAAAUACAACACCAAGGUCUACAAGAUGUUCGCCAGCCGGAGGAAGCAGCUUUACUGGGCGUACUCCAUGGACUGCAGCGGGAACGAAGCUCACGUCUCCAGCUGCAAACUGGGCAACCACCUCAAUGUGGAUGCGGAGAAGAACGCCACGUGUGACAAUGGGAUGCCUGCGGUCGUCAGCUGCAUCCCGGGCCGGGCCUUCGCCCCCAGCAGCCACAGUGGCUUCCGAAAAGCCUUCAGGCAGGAGCAACCCCUGGUGAGGCUGAAGGGAGGAGCCAACACUGGCGAGGGCCGAGUGGAGGUGCUGAAGAACGGGGAGUGGGGAACAGUUUGUGAUGACAACUGGAACCUGGUGUCGGCCAGCGUGGUGUGCCGGGAGCUGGGCUUCGGCAGCGCCAAGGAGGCCAUAACGGGAGCCAGGCUCGGGCAAGGCAUGGGUCCGAUCCACCUAAACGAAAUUGACUGCACUGGCUUCGAGAAGUCGGUCACAGACUGCAAGUUCAACAUGGAGUCCCAGGGCUGUAACCACGAAGAAGAUGCUGCUGUGAGAUGCAACGUCCCAGCAAUGGGCUUCCAGAAUCAGCUGCGGCUGAGCGGCGGCCGCAACCCCUACGAGGGCCGGGUGGAGGUGCUGGCCGAGCGCAACGGGACCCUGCGGUGGGGCACGGUGUGCAGCGAGAACUGGAGCACGGUGGAGGCCAUGGUGGUGUGCAGGCAGCUGGGGCUGGGCUUUGCCAGCCAUGCCUUCCAGGAAACCUGGUACUGGCACGGGGACAUCAGCGCCGACAGCGUCGUCAUGAGCGGCGUCAAGUGCUCGGGGACAGAGAUGUCCCUGGCCCACUGCCGGCACGACGGAGCCCACGUCUCCUGCCCCAGAGGAGGCGGCCGCUUCGGGGCUGGCGUCUCCUGCUCUGAGACCGCCCCUGACCUGGUGCUGAACGCGGAGCUGGUGGAGCAGACGGCGUACCUGGAGGACCGGCCCAUGUUCAUGCUGCAGUGCGCCCUGGAGGAGAGCUGCCUGGCCAGCUCCGCCGCCAACACCUCCCGGAGCUCCGGCUACCGCCGCCUCCUGCGCUUCUCCUCGCAGAUCCACAACAACGGCCAGUCCGACUUCCGACCCAAGAACGGGCGCCACGCCUGGGUCUGGCACGACUGCCACCGGCAUUACCACAGCAUGGAGGUGUUCACCCACUAUGACCUGCUGAACCUCAACGGAACCAAGGUGGCCGAAGGGCACAAAGCCAGCUUCUGUCUGGAAGACACCGAAUGUGAAGCAGAUGUGCUGAAGCAGUAUGAAUGUGCCAACUUUGGGGAGCAAGGCAUCACCGUGGGGUGCUGGGACGUGUACCGGCACGACAUCGACUGCCAGUGGAUCGACAUUACCGACAUCCCACCGGGGGAUUACCUCUUCCAGGUUGUCAUCAACCCCAACUAUGAGGUUGCUGAAUCCGAUUACUCGAACAACGUGAUGAAAUGCAUGAGCCGCUACGACGGGCAGCGCAUCUGGAUGUACAACUGCCACAUAGGUGGCUCCUUCAGCGAGGAGACAGAGCAGAAGUUCGAUCACUUCAGUGGACUCACAAACAACAAGGUGUCCACCCGAUAGACCCGACAGAACACCCCACUAUUUAAAGAAGCGAGGUUUCCCGAACCACUGCACACCCACCAAUCAAGCAAACAAUCAAACUCUGCAUUAGCCAGGUAAAUUAUUUCCUACAGAUGCCUUCCUCCCCGGUUUAGGUGCUCAGACCACCGUGUGUCUCCUGUGACUACCCCAGGUAGUUAGGAGCAGGCUUUUAGACUCUACUCGGCUCCGUAUCUUCACCAUUCCAACCUUCGCCACAAAGACUUCUCCCUCCACUCUGCAGCACCAUCUUUAUUCACAGACAUAGGUCCAGGCUGCAGCAAGCACAAACUGUCUUUAGGUGCCAACAACCUAAAUAUGUCUUUACCAUUCAUUUUCCUCAAGGCAUUAAUCUUGGUAUCUUUAAGCUCUUUGACUCAAGCUUAAACACACUGUUGGCACAAAGGCCUCCACUGGUGCCACUGCUUCUUGACUGCAGCUAAUCCUCAGUGCUCCCAUGGCAGGACUUCUUCAUUUUAGCAAAGAAAUACAAGAAAGGAAAGAAAUGGAGCAGCUUUUCUGAGCAGAACAGUGUAAAGCAUCAUUUAAUACUGCAGUGAAACUCGUGUAUUCAACAGUCAACUCCCAACACAGUCUCAUAAGUGGAGCAGCUAACGCAGAACGGUUCUGCAAGUGGAUCAGGGCUCCAUGAAGCUACACCUCCCUUGGAACAUCUCCAAGACGCUGCAGACCCAAUGAUGAGUCGGCUGGACACAGUUUCCAUGACACAGUAAGCUUUUCACCCCAUAGAUUCUACAUGCAUCUCAAUAUUACCUUCCAAGCUGGAUAUUCACUCUGUUGUUUAAAGGAUGCAUUUAGUUAAGGCAUUGUAUCAUCACUGCACCUUACAGAGGUAACUUCAUGGCUUUUCUCAUCAGGGAUCUGGACCUGUGCUGUCACAGACCCACCUGUGUAAGUUGACUUUAAAGGAUUUGAACACUUGGUAAAUUCACAAUGGUGCUAAGUGUGUUCCUCUGUUUGUUUGAGGCACACGUUGCUACAGAUCUGCAGACACAGCUACUUGAAUAAAAGCCUUUUACCCAGAA